AUGAUGUUUCUGCUCUUCGCCUUGCUGUUGCUCACAUGGGUUUCAGCACAGGGGAGCCAGGCCCCACAAGGCAUUCGACGUGUUCCUGCCGAGAUUACCAACAAUGCUACAGCCUUGCAUCUGUGGCACGAGGAAAUCUACCUGAACUACACUAGCAGAAUGAGACAAGACUACAGAAUUGAGCAUUCUCUUCCGAACGGGACGAUGCUCAGCCUGCGCCCGGAGGAGCUGCGAUACUUCAUCAACCCCCAUGGAAUCCAUGCCGAGAUUGUCAACAACACUGUUAUGCACAAAUUUUCUAACGGCACUAUUCUCAACGAGAAAGCAGACCCCUGUAGCGGUGGGCCCUUUGACUUGUACAAAGAGUACCGCGAGGCAGAUUGCAAGCCGAACAUUCCGAUGGAUGACCACGGCAAUUGCCAGGUGCCCAACGGCACGACCACAAAUUGCAAAGCCUUUUGUCAAGUUAGGACCACUUACACCUACGGCACUGAAAUACCUUAUGCGUCCAAAGAUUUGCAUGCCAACUUCCCGGAGGUCUCUUGGUGCCAUGGCCCUGGAUCUGGUACAAAUAAGGUCAACGAUAGGGAAGACUGCACGCUGAAAUCGACUACUCCACUCAAGAUCAAGAUUCCUGAUUGGCACUAUGGUGGUAAUGAAGCAAUUUUCGACCAAGGGAUCUCAAGCGGGCUCCAUUACAAAUCUCCUCCGAACUACGCUUCGCCGGACGGCGCUGGCAACCACGUUUCCGAGGUUGGUCCGAUGGAGUGCGGAUACUGGACAUUCCUACCCAUCAUCAAGACUGUUUGCGGCUCCGUAACCGAAGCUGUACAGAGCGAGCAACCAUCGCACACUAAUGAUUGUAUCAUGAGCCAGGCUGGCGAUACAUGGACGUUAGGGAACGUAUGUGCGAGUGAGUACGUAGCCAACCCACUCAGCCCCCUUCAGGUCAGUGGUAGGUGGGUAUGGGUGAAGACAGAUUGUUUCACCCGUCACGCCCACAAGCACGGCGAGCAGGACGUGGACUACUAUCGAGAGGGUGUUGCACUGCCUCAAGACGAUUUGAUGCUGAUCCUGGAGUGGGAUUGGCAAAAGGUAUACUGCGACGUUGUCCUCCAUGGAGUGUCAGUCCAUUACUGGGUUUUGGGGAGACUUAUGCCCGACUGGAAGAUGGGAAGUUGGGGUCGUGGAUUGCUUGAUGCUCUCAAAGUUAACGCCAAUUCACCCACGGCGUGGAUGUUCGAUUAUAACUACCACGGACCGGGUGGAGACCGUUUUGACUGGCUUGCGCAAUGGGAAUACAAUAACAACCAGGGCCCGACUGUCUACACGGUUCUGUAUAAUCUGGGUAACAAGGUUCCAGAAUGUAAACCGCAUUAA